AUGCCCACAAUGCCAAGCUUACCUUCACGCAGCAAAUUCAAGAUCUGGCCAGGAAAAGGAGGCAAAGAUGGCACACAAACAAAUGACGAACGAAAGGAUUCAUUAGAUGGUCCUUUAGAGAAAGAAAUUGCUGGAAGUGCGGAUACACCAGCCCAAACAACAGAGGAAAAGGAAGAAGAAGGAAGGCCUUUAGCAAAAGAUAUAAAAGCACGCAGGAUAGCCAAUGAGAGACUGUACAAUGCAGCAGAGGCAUAUCAUUCUGCUUUGGCGAAAAAGAAGCCAUUGCCUUUUGAGUUGCAACAUGCCAAUGCAUUAGAAGCAAGUAUGACAUUGGACGAAUUAUCCAACAAAUGUGCUACAAUAUACCCAACAUGCCCCGAAAGAAUACGAGAAGCGGCAAAGGAUGCAUCACAAAACGUUACGGGAAGCAAGGAUAAAGUGUUACCUGUGGAGGCACUUGGAGUAGCGAUGGCUGUAAGUGCUCCUACAUACAGUAAAGCAGGUAAAGCAGAAGGCAAAGAAGGACCUUGCCUGAGUCGAAAUGAAGCCUAUAGCUCACAUCUCGGCCUUCUUGCAAGUGUCCACCUAGCAUUGGGACAAGCGCAAUCAAAAUUCACAGAAAACUUGUCCUCCUCCUUACUCACCCGAUUGGCAAGAACACAAGCUUCAAUCGAUUCACUUCGAUCGGCAGAAAAAGUGUGUGACAGUGCACGGGAAAAGAUGGAAGCGGCGGAGAAAAAGCGUGAUAAGGCGAGAGACAAGGGAGAGAACAAACGUGAAUUAGAAGAUGAAGCAAGACAAGCGAGAGCUACAUAUGAAGAAGCAUCUGCUGAUGUGGAAACUAGGGUUGCCAUUUUAACGGAAGCAGAACAAGAAGGUCCUGGUUCAGGUGUAGGAAUCGUCAAAGAGUAUAUCGACUUGCAGCUGGAAUGGGUCAAAGCUCAAUACGAAAUUCUAGCUGGUACACAGGCUUCUCUUUUGCAAUACAAAGAGAAGCCGGCAACCAAUCGUACAAACAGCUCAUUCGCAAGACCACUUCCUGCAACUUCUACAAAUGGUGCCACAAACACCACACGCGGUCGUGCCAAUUCUUCUCCCAAAGUACGAGGAUCAAUAGUUCUCCCGAAUCAUUCAAAGUCUGCCAGUGUUUCUAAACCGCCUUCAAGACCGGCAUCUUCGCGUGGUGCAAGUUCGAGUAGUGUGCCAAAGGUCAACAGUGAUGAAAGGCCAACGUUGGCCAAUACCAGCGGACGAUCGGACUCGUUCAGCAAUGCAGAGCAGAAGACGGCCAGCAUUCGAUCUCGAGGUGAAUCGAUCGGCAAACUUGGUGGGCGUUUAAACUCGGUUCUGGGUAGGAACAACUCUUCCAAUGAUGUUGUGAAGUUGACAUCUGUACCGAAACAAGAAAGUGGAUCAAGUAAUGAAGCCAAAAAUGUUGGUAAUACGACAUGGACAUCAUCUUUACUUUCACGCAAACGUGAUCCUUCUGCAAAAGCAUACAAAUCAAUGUCACCUACCGAAGCCGGUGGAAUGCUCUCGGCACAUGACCGUGAUCUUUCUCACGUAAGAGAAGGCACUGAUCAAAGUUGGGAUGAUUCACAUCAACAGCUUGAAGUGGAAUCGGGAGUUUCGUUUGGUGGAUUGGAUGAUGAUCACGGUGAUUUUAGACGUGCAAGUGAAGGAAUUGGAGGUCUUGAUCUGGGGCCUCAGGUCGUCCAUGCUUCACAUGAAGAUGAUGUGGGAAGUCAUCCACAAUAUCAUGCCCAUCAACAUACUGGUGGCUCAUUAGCCGCUCCUAAUUCUUCUCUGAGCGCUCAAUGGACCGGCUUCACCUCUGCUUCUUCGGAAGGAGGCGAUCCUUUUGGCGGCAGUACCGAAUACGAUGCUUCCAUGCCUAAUUCACCCUUCAUACUUCAAGAUAAACCAACAGCACUGGCAUCUCCCCGCGAGAAGUGA